GUCGGAAUGGAACGCAACCAAGACACUCACGUCAUAAUAAUGCGACUAGCUAUUUUGGACAACGUUGGCCGCGGUUUGUAGGGACGGACAAAUACAACAAUUCAUGCUUUAUUUAAAUAGCUAGUUAAGAUUCAAGAGUUUUGGAACGUCACGAUUUAGGUAAGUAUGGCGAUGAAAUCCGGAGAGGAGCGGUUGAAGGAGAUGGAGGCUGAAAUGGCUCUGUUUGAGCAGGAGGUCCUGGGGGGUCAAGUGGCAAUGACUGCAGGAGACCCUGUAGUGAUGGAGGUGCUCCCUAUGGGUGUUCCUAUGGCUGUUCCUAUGAUCCGGCCCAUCAUCGGCACCAACACAUACCGACAGGUCCAGCAAACCUUGGAUGCAAGAGCUGCCACUUUCGUGGGACCUCCACCCCCUGCAUUUGUAGGCCCAGCUAUAACUCCAGGUGUCAGACCACCGCCAAUGAUGAGACCAGCGUUUAUGCCGCACAUCCUGCAGAGACCAGGGGGUCCAAGGAUGCCUAUGAUGCGUGGUCCCCCUCCACAGGGUAUGAUGGCUCCCCCACUGCCACGCCCUCCUCCUCCCCCGCCCAUGAUGAUGGCACCCCCCAUGCAAGGACCCCCUCAGCAUCCCAUGGACCCAAUGGGGCCACCCAUGGGACACUCCAUGGUGUCUGCACCCUCAAGGUCUGUGACCCAGGCCCCUCCCAAGCUCACCCCCUCCAUCAUCUCUGCGGCCCCCACUGUCUACACGGCUCCCUCCGGACCCAAGAUACCAGACAUCCAUGCCCAGAGAAAGGCUCGCAUGGAGGAGCUGGCAGCGUCUGUAGCAGAACAGCAGGCAGCGGUGAUGGCCGCCGGACUGCUGGAGGCUAAGAAGGAGGCCAGCCUGGCCGCCGCAGAUGACAACGUUAUCGGACCCAGCAUGCCAGAGCCCGAGCCCAUCCACACUGAGCCAGUGGAUAGCACAGCAGAGGAGAAGAAGAAGGGUAAGCAAGAGAAGGCGAAGAAGUGUAUCCGUACAGCCGCAGGCACCAGCUGGGAGGACCAGAGUCUACUGGAGUGGGACUCGGAUGAUUUCAGAAUCUUCUGUGGAGACCUUGGCAAUGAGGUGAACGACGACAUCCUGGCAAGGGCAUUCAGCCGCUACCCCUCCUAUCUGAAAGCCAAGGUGGUGCGAGACAAACGCACUGGCAAGACCAAGGGCUAUGGCUUUGUCAGCUUCAAGGACCCCAAUGACUACGUCCGCGCCAUGAGGGAGAUGAACGGGAAGUAUGUGGGCAGCAGACCCAUCAAACUGAGAAAGAGCAUGUGGAAGGACAGGAACAUGGAAGUUGUACGCAAGAAACAGAAGGAGAAAAAGAAACUGGGACUGAGAUAGACAAUGUUUCCCUUAUGUAUGUGCAAGUGUUUUUUGACUGGGAGUGUGUGAGAAUCACACUGAUGGCCUAAUAUAGUUGCCAGGCCACUCAUCCAGCUAUCUGACAUGUUUUCAAUUACCACAGAGUAGGGAUGUCAUUUUACUCAUGGAACAUGGUUAAACUAGGCUACGAAACACUGUACAUGGCACUGGCCCUGGUUGCAAUGGUUAGACAUGAACCAUGCCCGUAUGAAGUUUAGAAUUUACUGAUCUCCAUUUGUUUUUAUUUUAACAUUUUAAUUUGUAAAUAAUUUCUAAACAUCACUCAGAUUUUCUUAGUUGGUAUGGCUCCUAUGCAUCUCAAAUGUCUGAAAUGUGAGGUUGGUGAUCUCAUUUGUGUAUAUGCUAUUGUGGAAACUACUUCCAAUGGCAAUUAUGUAUUUCCGGGUAGCCUCUGUUAUUCAUACACCAAACCAUUAUUUUUUUUAAAUAUAAAAUCUAAAUGUUUGUACAUUAAAGUGGCUUAUUUUGAAGCAGUGGAUUCAAACCAAUGCAAAGUUUUUAAAAUAAACCAAAUGUCUUGACA